ACCCCGGGAUAUAUCCCUCGCCCGUUCAGCGUUCCCAUCCAUCCAGUCAGGCGACAGGCCCGUGCCAACACCCUUACAUCCACUUGCCCCCCAACCCUUCUUUGUGGGUGAGUCCGCCUCGCCCUGAGUAGGAUCAGCCAUGGCAAACGAACACUCCAUCCCCAUUGGGGUCGCGUACGACGAUGCGGCCCAUAUUCAUGGGCCACAGUCCCCAGAAGACCGCCAGAACGACGUGAUGGAAUCAACAGAGAAGCCUGACGAGGACCGCCUCGAGGACAGCUUGUCACCAAACACCGCUGUAGAGGAGCAGGAUGACCUCUCAGAUGAUUCCACACCUCCUGUCCCGCCGGUGCCUCGCCAGCUCUCGUCCCGGGCUUCUCGCACCCGCAUUCGAAGAGGUCAACCUAAGAGCUACGACUCAGAUCCUCAGACUUAUGGUCAAGACAUGUCGCGCAUGAUGUCCUCGAGGUCCAACCGCCCUAGGUUUCAGGACGAGAUGUAUGAAAGCGACCCUCACUACGGCUCCGACCGUGCAUGGAGGGAGGAGAUUCGACAUCCAGAUUAUCAAGAUCGCCGAUAUAUGAACCGUGGGAAGCCGCCAAGGGCCUUUCUCAACAAUCAGCAGAGCCCAGGCACGAAACAGUGGGUGGAGGAGUCACGAUCCUAUCAUGACCCAUUCUCGCCCAUGCAGCCCCCAAAGCGUUUCUACACCUUUGAUGAGGAACAAGGCUACGGCCCAGGUUACCCCGGGGGCUACAACCAUCGCCAGACCUUCUCAACCGACGACAGCCCCCGAAUCCAGUGGAACAGCCUCACAAAGGAACAGAAGGCCGAGGUUCUUCGUCUACCCUGGCUGCAGUGGAUGAAUUCGGACUUCAAGAACCACUUUGUCGCCAGUCUGGGAGAGUUCGUCGGCACGACCAUGUUUCUCUUCUUUGCCUUCGCCGGCACCGAGGUCGCCAACAUCGCAUCGAACGCCAACGGCUCAAACAACUCUUCAGACUCCAACACAACAACCGGUGCAUCGACCGGUUUCAAUGUCAAUGUGCUUCUAUACAUUGCGCUCUCAUUUGGCUUCUCACUCAUGGUGAACGUCUGGAUCUUCUUCCGUAUCAGUGGUGGAUUGUUCAACCCGGCCGUGACAGUCGCCCUGAUGCUGAUCCGCGCUAUUUCCGUCUUCCGUGCCAUCGCUCUGUUCAUCUCCCAGAUCCUCGGUGGUAUCAUGGCAUCGGUCCUCGUGCGGUAUUUGUUCCCUGAGAAUUUCAACGUGCGAACCACCUUGGGAGGCGGAGCCAGCAUCGCGCAAGGCAUCUUCAUUGAGGCGCUUCUCACUGCCGAGCUGGUAUUCACCAUUUACAUGCUUGCGGCCGAGAAGCACAGGGCAACUUUCAUGGCGCCCAUUGGCAUCGGCCUGGCGCUCUUCAUUGCUGAGAUGGUCGGCGUGCAGUUCACUGGCGGCUCUUUGAACCCGGCGCGCAGCUUUGGCCCCUGUGUGGUCACGGCUACGUUCGAUCCGGAACAUUGGAUCUACUGGGUCGGUCCGUUCAUUGGGGCCCUGAUUGCCUGGAUGUUCUACCGUUUCAUCAAGGCGCUUGAGUACGAGAUGGUCAACCCUGGUGCAGACGGCGACCCGCUCAAUGAUCCCACCAAGAAUCCGGAGAAGGCAGCUGAGAUCAAAAUCGCAAGGCAGAAGACCAGCUUGUCGAGCAUGAAGACGUCAUGAGCGACUUGACCAUCCACACCUAAAUGAUGCCUCUGUCCAAAAAAAAAAAGUACAACUAAAAACUAAUAUUCGAUACCGUCAUUUGCAUGAAUGGAAGACAUGAAGAUAAUUUCCAGGAGGUGGCGAGGAGCUGGUUAGCCCGCGGACAGAUCGGCCUAGGGCCUGGGCUUUUUUUGGCUUUUGGUUUCACCUUGGAAUCCUUUUUCGUCUUUUGCAUUUGCAACUUUCAAAUUGUAAUUUGCAAUCACGUACACACCCACACACACACGAGGCGUUCAUAGAGAGGACCCCUAUGGCGAUGACUACGACGAUGACGAUUUCACAAGCGGUUGCUCUGUACCGGGGCAACGGGGUUGAGACAGUAAACGGCCUGGGCAAG